CUCCCGUGCAUUUUUCCAGCGCUAUCACAGCCUGAUAGGAUGUGCUGGGUCAUGUGACGGGAAGCGCAGCAUUUUCAGCUGAAAGCGAGCUAGGAUAGUCGGGAAUCGCACAUCCAGGAGGUAAUCCCGGUAUGGGGGACAUGAAGACCCCAGAUUUUGAUGACCUUUUGGCAGCGUUUGACAUUCCUGACAUAGAUGCCAAAGAGGCCAUCCAGUCUGCCCCAGAUGAGGCAGAGGGACCGCACGGAGCUGCAGGUGCACCUCUGGGGAAGCCAGAAAGCGUUGGGUCAUCCAUGAGAGCGCCAAGCCCCACGGAUCCCCAGGCAGACACCUCAAUCGUGAGUGUGAUUGUGAAGAAUAAAGUGCGUAUCGAGACGGUGGAUGGAGGAGAGGUAGAUGCAGACCAGGACACUAUUGAUGUGAUCACGGGGGUGGAUGUGGGCCCUAGACUUGGCGCGUGCGCUCCUGGAUUGGCUGAAUCUGAAGCUCUCAACCACAAUGGAUUUGGGACUUCUGGCGUCUCCACGCCCCUUCCACUCAGCCAGGCUCAGCCUAAUGGUGCACCAUGGUCGGUAAAUACACCCAAAGUGUCUUCAGAAGCAGCAGGAGCUAGUACGGCCAAGUCUCACAAGCAAGGUGGUAACAUUUUCAACAGACUUAAACCACUUGUGGCACAGGGGUCUGGAGAUCCUGUGGGUCGAGCCCGAAAGAUGCAGCUGCUACAGCAGCAGCACCAGCAGCAGCAGCAGCAGGAUACGGGCCAAGAGAGAGCAGACGGCGUGAAAGCUUCAUUACCUUCAUCUUCGUCUCUGUCAGCUGGGUCCCCUCCUCUGGGUGCUGGUGGGCCCGUGGGACUAGCCUCGCCUUUCUUUCCACCUUCCAAGCCCCUGCUUUCAACUCCACCUUCUGCACCCUCAUCACACCCUCUACGCUCAUCGCAGCCUUUUAACGGAGCUCCCAAGGGUGGUCCUGCUGAAUUUCAACAUCAGCAGCUCGAGGAGGAAGAUUCUGACCCCGAUUUGGGAAGCCCCCUGGUAAUCCAGGAGAACCCGGACUCUCCGACUUGCACUCAGCUGAGCCGACGUUACAAGUCUGACUCAGUCUCGGCACAGCCCUCAUCCUCUACUGCAUCUCAGCCGAAACCUGGGGACACUCCUUCGGGGGCAUCUUUGACUUCCUCAGCUCCCCCGUCAGGCUCAACGGAGAGUCCCCAGGUGGAGGACAGGCAUCCAGAGCACGUGAUCGAAGAGAGAGACUCACCAGAGAGUCCUGAACCUGAGAUGCCAAAAUCAACGGCUCAAGUCACAACUAAAAGGUGCUCCAGCCCUACAGUGGCUUCCACCCCACCUCCUUCUGAACUGCGGGAACCUAAAGAGGAGGAGGAAGAGAUGGAGGUGGGAAACGGCAUAGACAGGGUUGUUGAUGGUAAAGCUGACAAGGGAGAAAACACGAAAACGGGUGAGGAAAAUAUGGAGGUGGACGAUGGUAAAACUAAACCCGUGUCCACUGAUGCAGGGGAUGCAGGUGAUGCAACACCUGCUGCUUCUGGAACACCAUCCAGACCCCUCAAAGUCAGAAUCAAAACUAUUAAAACCUCCACAGGUGGAAUCACCAGAACCGUGACACGGGUGGCGCCUAAAGGUGGUGCUGCAGGGAAAGGUGGGGACCCUAAAGCUCAAGCUGGGGAACGUAAGGUUUUAGGAAACAAGGCCCAAAAACCUGAGUCUUCCCCUGGUCACAUGACAACACCUUCGCAGAAAGUAAGUGCUCUAAAUGCUCUGCCUGUGUCUACACUCGCAGCCAGCAGCGUCAUGCUGGCUGCCGCCACAAAGGUCCAAAACAAAAUGGCUGCGUCUGACAAGGCCAAGGUUUCUGCCACCGCUGUAAGCAUCACUAAAUCGGCCGCCUUGCCUGUCACCCCCGCUGCAGCCUCCUCCCCGAAGUUCUCAGUGGCCGCGAGUGGGAUCAGUGUACGUACGACCACUAACAAAACAGCAAAUGGAGGAAGCGGCACCAUCAUAGGCAGCGGCCUCCAGCCGAACAAACCCGCCUCCAUCGUCAACAGCACAGGGGCCGUCAUCUCCCGGAGCCAGUCGAGCCUGGUGGAGGCUUUUAACAAAAUUCUGAACAGCAAAAACCUUUUGCCGAGCUACAAGCCCGACCUCUCUGCUCCGCCGCCACCCGAGUGGGGCCUUCCCCUCCCUGCAACAGGUUACCGCUGCCUGGAGUGCGGAGACGCGUUUGCGCUGGAGCGCAGCCUGGCACGACACUACGACAGACGAUCGCUCCGCAUUGAAGUGACCUGCAACCAUUGUGCAAAGAGGCUGGCCUUCUUCAAUAAGUGCAGCCUGCUGCUGCAUGCCAGAGAGCACAAGGAGCGAGGGCUGGUCAUGCAGUGCUCGCACCUGGUCAUGAGGCCUGUCACUGUGGAGCAGAUGAUUGGACAACAAGACAUAACGCCAAUUGGUGGCCUGCUCUCCUCUUCGUCCUCCUCUCCUCCAGUCUCUUCUCCUUCCUCCACACCCGGAGGCCCCGCCAUCUCUGCCAAUUCCAGCCCAAUGAAGGACACUUCAUCUCCAGCAGCAGCAGCUCCGCCUCGAUCCGUCCGCCGAGCACCUCAGGGCCCGCAAGCGCUGAUGCCUCUGCCGUGCAAGAAGGCUGAAGGGCUGCAGUACAACAACUUCAAAUGUCCGGAGUGCCAAACACAAUUCUCUGGCAAAGCGGAGCUGGUCACCCACUUCCAGCAGAUCAGAGCUGCGCCUAACUCAACAUGUACGCAGUGCUCGCCUCCCAUGAUGCUCCCUAACUCAUGUGCCGUGUCCGCCCACCAGAGGAUCCAUAAACACAGAGCGCCUCAUGUCUGUCCCGAGUGCGGUGGAAUCGCACGGCAGGCCAGCUUCCAGACCCACCUGGACGAGGCCUGUUUGCACUUUGCCAGACGCAUUGGCUACAGGUGCUCGAGCUGCCAGGUUGUGUUUGGAGGGUUAAACUCCAUCAAGUCCCACAUUCAGACUGCUCACUGCGAGGUCUUCCACAAGUGCCCGAGCUGCCCCAUGGCCUUCAAGUCUUCCCCCAGCGCCCAGAGCCACAUCAGCACCCAGCACCCAACGCUCACCGGAGGACAGGCCAAAAUGAUCUACAAAUGUGUGAUGUGUGAUACAGUUUUUACCCAAAAACCUUUGCUGUACAUGCAUUUUGAUACUCAUUUAGCUAAGCAAAAAGUGCAUGUGUUCAAGUGUCCUGACUGCACCAAGCUCUACGCCCAAAAAGGCUCCAUGAUGGAGCAUAUUAAGACCGCUCACAGAGGCCCGUCCGCCAAACAGGAGUCUCAGUCCGAUGGCGCUAACCCCACCUCAGCUCCAGCCAACACAUCUGGUCCCUCUGGCCUCAAGUCAAAAUCCUCUGGAAAGCCUGAUAACUCUGACGGAGAGGACUGGGGUCGGGAGCAGGAGGAGGAGGAAGAAGAGGAGGAAGAGGACGAUGACGAUGAUGCAGAUGAGGACUACGAGGCUCCAGGGAGUCACUCCACUACCACAGGAGGCAGCAGUCAUCCAAGCGCUCCGACCGAGUGGACCUGCCCUCAGUGUCAGAACACGUUCACGGACAACGAAGACUACCUGAGUCACGUGAAGAUGGAGCACGGCAAGUUUCCCUGUCGUAUCUGUGGAGGCACAUUCAGCACAUCCUCCAGCCUGAGACGUCACGAGCGUGUCAUUCAUGAGGGCAACAAAAGAGUCUUCCAUUGCCAAUAUUGUACAGAAGGCAAACGUACCUUUGGCAGUCGGUUCUUAAUGGACAAACACAUUCGACUCCAUCACAGAAACACAGAUGGACAGGGUCCCCCUAUGACCAGGAAGCGUGCAGCCACAGGGGGAGAAGGACCGGGCAGUUCCUCAGAGCAAGACGGUGAGGUCGGUCCGCCUGCGGCCAGAGCGGGAGACGAGGAAGAAACCAACACAGAGGACGGCGGCGGUCCCGCAAAGAGAACCAGGGCGUCCAUGGCGUCAACAUCAGUGGCACCGAGUGAGGCAGAGGAGGAAGAUAACGUUUUCCGCUGCGUCCCCUGCGGGUUCACUACAGAAGACGGGGCCGAGUUUCAGCGCCACAUCCCCCAGCAUCGGGGCGACACCGCCUCCUUCCAGUGCUUGCAGUGCGGCGUCUGCUUUGCAUCGGCCGGCUCUCUCGGCAGGCACCGUUUCAUCACUCACCGAGUGCGGGACACCCAGAGCGACGCGGACCGCGGCACCCCCGCCCACGGCUCUCCAGACGGCUCUCCCGCCGCCGGUUCUCCUCAGGCGCAGGGCGAGGACGGAGACGGAAACCUGAGCUGCAAGGUGUGCGGCCGGCGAUUCGACAAGGCCACGGACCUCAACACCCACUUCAGGACCCACGGCAUGGCCUUCCUCACGGCACACAAGACGGACAAGCCCCAGUAGAAGAGGGGGGCGGGGUCGUCUGAAGCCGACGGAUAAUCUCCCGAGGGGUCACGGCCGAGGAGGGCAAUGCUGUAGAAUAUGAAUGUUGAUGAAACACAGCUGCUCCUGUGCAGUCGUUGUCUUCUUCUUCUUUUUUUUUUUCCUUUCCUUUCUGUUUUUUAAGCUACCACAAACAGUUUCCCUCUGUGGCACCUCUUCUGUGCGAUUGUAUCUGCAUGUUUGAUCACUUAAAAUGAACUCGUCACCUGUGAUGGACUCUUGUGUGGACCAUUCCCCCCCAGAGUAAAGCAUUUAUACUGUAUAUCAGCCAUACUGUGUCCAACUCCACCUCGUCCUUCCAUUUCGAGCACUCACUUUUCACCGACUGUAGCCACCUGCCUGUUUGUUACUGUAGCACAUACGUAGAUACAUAACACCUCCCACUGUACUCCUCACAGCUGUACUGCAGAUAUUUUGUACUUCACAUCGUUUAUCAUGUCCUUGUUUUUUUUGUUUGUUUGUUUUGUUAUUCUGGCAAUUAGAUCAGUUUUACCAGCCUGUGGGAGCUGGAAAAACUCAUCGUGCCGAGACAUCCUGAAGCAUGAAGGGGAUCGUUUGUGGGCACGGGGAAUUUGACACUGAGUUUUAUGUUGCUAUAAUAUUUAUUUAUAUGAAACACAUUACUGCUGUUGGUGUAUGUGAGUGGAUUGCAUCAAAUGUUACAAGACAUGGUGCGAUUUACCUGCAACAGAGACAUGAGAUGAGAAUCUCUGGAGGCAUUUCAUUAGGAGACGAGGUUACUGGAGGUGGUAACCCGUGUAGUGUGACUAAUGUGUGAUGUUGUUACUCGUUAAGCUAGAAGAAGAGAGGUAAGGCUUCCUGUCAGUAGUAUACGUGUACGAGUUUUGCCAUGUAAAUACAUAUAAUUACACUAAAAGAAAUGGUUCUGGUUUUAGUAACUUGCUAUGAUAAUGUGAAUACGUAUAGUAUUUGUACUUGUACUGUUCCCUUUUUUUCAAAACAAUUUGAAGUCCAAAAGAAAACAAGAAUCCCCUCUCACAGUUAGCUAUACAUUGUAAUUACAAAGCAGAGGGAGAACGUGGGGGUCGUGUUGUCUUAAUGUGUUUGAAAACAAAUGUUUAUCUCUUUUUUUUUUUUCUUUCUUUUUUUUUUUUUAAAUCGACAGUGCUUGCUGUACUCACAUUUCUUUUAUAUGUUUAAAAAACGGCCUUCACGGUCACUUUAUUGGAGGCCUAUGAGUGGAUUUUUUUUGUUUUAUGUUUGUAUCUUUUUAUAUGUCAUAUCAUAUUUAUAUAGCUCAGUAGUGGAAACUUUCAUGUCAUUUUCUUUUCCAUGGUCGUGGUCUGCUUGCUGAAAUGCCAUACACUUUUGUGCUGUUUCAAAAUAAAUGUGUAAAAGAGA